CUAGAGCGGAAGGAAACGUUGAUACUUUUCUUUUACAUAUUAUUUCUCUGUUAAACUUGAUGUCAUAUUUUAUUUUCAAGUAUAUAGACUAAAAAAAUAAUAACUGAAGUGUAUUGAAAUAUUAGUACCCCACAGUCAACUAUGAAGAAUUGUGUGUAUUGGAUUAUAAUUAAUUUGUCCUUGGUUUUAAUUGUGGAGACAGCUUGUACAACUGAAAAUUGCCGACAGAUAUGCUCACAGAACUGUAUGAUGAGCUGUAGUGACUCUGGAGAAUGUUAUGGUGGCUGUCGACAUGGCUGGAAAGGACUGAGUUGUGAUCAAGCAUGUGAUGAUUACACAUAUGGACCAAACUGUGGCCGAAGCUGUGGUCACUGUCGUAACGACGAGGCUUGUGAUGUUCGGACUGGUGUAUGUCGGAAUGGUUGUGUCGCUGGCUGGAGAGGACAACUCUGCAAUGAAUCAUGUGCAGCGUUCACGUUUGGUUUUGAUUGUAUGGGAAGAUGCGGUCACUGUAGACAGGAUAAGAAAUGUAAUCUGAUGACAGGUCAUUGUAGUUCAGGGUGUAAACCUGGGUGGACAGGCGAAAGGUGUGACCGUGAAUGUGAACCUGGUACUUUUGGAAUAGAUUGUGCUUUGACGUGUGGGCGUUGCUCUGGUAACGGAUCAUGUGACCACGAAACAGGAUAUUGUACCAAUGGCUGUAGAGAUGGCUGGUUAGGAACUAAAUGUAAUAGAAAGUGCUCUCCUGGUUAUUUUGGUAAAAGUUGUCAGCAUCAUUGUGGAAAAUGUGUCAAUGGAACUUGUAAUCACGUGACUGGUAAAUGUGGUUCUGUAUGUUCUGCAGGCUAUAAUGGACACAUGUGCAGCAAUAAGUGCACCAACGGAACGUAUGGUGCAAACUGUGGCAGUACAUGUGGACAAUGUCGUGAUGAUGCAGACUGUGACCCAAUCAGUGGCAUGUGUACGUUUGGAUGUGAUCCAGGGUGGCAGGGAUUAAGAUGCCAACAGAGUUGUCCUGCUGGAUACUAUGGUAACGCUUGUAUAUAUAGAUGUGGAUUCUGUGCUCCAGGUACAACAUGUAAUAUAUCUGAUGGAUCAUGUGACCAGGGCUGUGAUGUUGGCUACACUGGUUUGCGCUGUCUUGAUGAAACUGGAGAAAAGGCAAAACUGGACAUGAAGAAUUUGAUAAUACCAGUUUUAGUUUCCUGUAUUGGUGUUCUUGUAGUUUUGUUCACAGUAACAUUGGUGUAUUUCAUUUUCAUACGUCCUCGCCAUGGAAGACUGUUCAGUAGAUUUUACAGGUUAACUACAAGAAGCUAUCAGGAUCCAGAAAGCCACAUUUAUGAGCAAGUAGUGUGUGGGCCAUGGGAACUUAAUAAAUAUAAUCUCGUACUGACCAAUGAGAAACUCGGAACAGGACAGUUUGGAAUGGUAAAGAAAGGCUAUUUCAAGAAAGAUCGAGAGCACAGAUUACCCGUAGCAGUCAAAUCUUUAAGAGAUAAUGCAUCAGAAAAGGACAAAAACGACUUCAUGAAUGAAUUAAACAUCUUAAAGAAAGUUGGUCAACAUCCUAAUGUAGUUUGUUUAGUUGGCGCCUGUCAUAUACAAGGCACGAUGUACUUAGCUAUGGAAUUUGUAAAGAAUGGAGACCUACGAUCCUACCUGAGGAAACAAAGAAAAGCUAAACAUAAUCUGUAUGCCAAUACGAAGAUCAUUUCACCAGUACAACAAACUAUGCUGCUUAAAUUCGCUUUAGAUGUAUCUUCAGGUCUAAAUCAUUUGGCUGACAAACAGAUUAUUCAUAGAGAUCUAGCGGCUCGAAAUGUUUUACUUGAUGAAAACUUGACUGCAAAGGUUGCUGACUUUGGUUUGUCCAAACACGAAGACACAUAUGUCAAGACUUCAAAUACACGGGUUCCAGUACGAUGGAUGGCACCAGAAUCUUUGUUCAAUGCGUUGUAUACAACACAGAGUGAUGUUUGGUCCUUUGGUAUUUUAUUAUGGGAGAUAGCUACUUUAGGAGGAACACCAUACCAUGGUCUCGACACACAACAAAUGUGUAACUUGUUAAAGCAAGGAUUUAGAAUGAGAAGACCAGAAAAUUGUGAUCCUUCAUUGUAUGCCAUGAUGCUACAGUGUUGGAAUGAAAAACCAGAAUGUCGACCAUGCUUUUCGGAAUUGAUGAUGAGACUUCAACGAAUGUUAGAUGACAGCCAAGUUUACAUGAAUAUUGAAAUAAAUGAAGGAAAUCAUUAUGCCGAAAUAAAAUAACAACAGUCCAUCAACUAGCUUAUCAAAUCAAUCAUCCUCAAUGAUGGACCAAUAACAAUGUCACAUUACCACCCAACAUGAACAAAGACACACAGUGCAGGCCCCACUGUAGUAAAAUACAGCUAUGUUAACCCAACACACAAACAGUUCAAAGAAUGCAUCUAAGUUGUCAGACUAUUCAAGGAUUGGCUGUAUGGAAUCGAGUAUUUCAAUCUAACCAUCAAAAUAGACCUAAUAUCUUAUACAAAAUGUAGUGUUGAAAUCUAAAACCUGCCUACCAUUGUAUGUUACAAUGGAGUUGUAUGGUUGAAAUCUUUAACUUUCAUUUAUUUACUGCUUGUAUAGAAUAUUUAUGAGCUUUGCAAACAAUUCUGUUAUAUAUUCAUUGUUAAUUGUCUAUCAUCACAAAGAAAGACUAGCAUAAUGUUCAUGUUAUUGUAUAACAACUGCAUAAUUGUCCUUUCUAGAAAUUUUCUUCAAAAGUUUUACUUAUAGAUGAUUUCUAUUUUCCUUUGCAUUUUUUUUUUUUUUUUUUAUUUAAAUAUUGCUUUCAGGCCCAUAUAAAGCCAGGUAAUCUCUGAAGGGGUUAUUUAGGCCCAUGAUUCAUGAAGCUUUGGUUUUUAUAGUUAAAUGGACUUUACAUGUCUUUUCUGUAAACUUUUUUUUAAAAUUUUAUUGUUAAAAAUUGUAAUAAUUUUGGACUAGAAAUCUGAUUUUAUCAUUUUAAUGUACAUUAAUCUAGAAUAGCUUCUAUGCAUCUUUGAAUCAAUAGUGGUAGUCCAAGCCAUAUGUUCGUGUUCUAUUACAGAAAAUACCUCAGAUCAUUUGGAUAAACACAGCUACUUUUGCAUAGGUACUAUUUUUGUACUAAAAAUAUGCAGUACUGGAAAUUUACUUUUAAUAUUUAGUACUAUUUCUUUACUUUAAAAUUAUGGUAAUAUUUAGGUACUUGUAUUUUACAGUACUUGAUUUUCACCAAAUAUAUUUGUACAGAAAUAAUACAAUAUUCAGUGUUUGAAAAUCAUAACUUUGAGGGAUUUGAAAUAGAAAAUUUUUACAAAAUGAUGAAAAUGUAACGGUAGUAACCAAAAAUCUGUAGUACCUAAAUUGCAUGUACAAAUACAGUAGUGUAAAAUACAGGUACCUAAAUAUUACCAUAAUUUUGUAGUAACACAAUAGUACUGAUUAUUAAAAGUAGAUUUCCAGUGCUAGAGUGGGGUGCUCAUUUUCGCCGGGGACACAAUUUCGCCGUUUUAGGAUUUUGAGGUGUAAAAACUUCAAAGGAUGGCUGAAAUGGAAGAAAUGUACCGGUAAAUUAUAUUUGUAUAACAAAUAUGAUAUUUUUUUAAACUGAGACAAAAUUGCGGCUCCUACCAAAAAUGACCGAAAAAUGGACAACGAUUUUAAGACAAUUUCCUGAAUAAAAAUCACGAUUUCAAAGAAGUAUUUCUAAGUAAAUAUUUGACUGAAUGUCCUAAUUUUGAUUUCUUUACACUUUUGAAAUGUCUGCUAUUCAUCUAUAAUGUAAUUGAUUUGAUAAAAAUUGUUAAAAGCUGCGGUUAUUUGGUUUUAAAUAGAUGUGUAAAAACAGCGAAUAUGUGUCCCCCAUUGACAAAACAUCCGGAAAUUUCAUACACCCUUUAAUCUAACUUUUCAGAUGAUUUUUUUCAAACGAACCCGUUUUCAAGCUUAAGAAUAUUUUGCAUUUGAAGUUAUCUUCAUAUAGAAAUAUCAGAAUACUUCAAAAACAUUUAGACCUGACCAUAAACUGUAGAAAACAUGGAAAGAUGUGGCGAAAAUGGGCACCCUACUCUACAAUUUUUUAGCACAGAAAUAGUACCUAUGCGAAAGUAGCUGUGAACACUACCAUGUUUGCAAAUAUAACUGGCAUUAUGCUCUGGACUUUAAUUUCAUCAUCAAAAAGUAUUAAUUGCUUAGUAUUUAAUAAUCAUAUUUAUGGUGUAUUUAGUAUCUAAUAAUUGUUGAAAUGUUGUUGUAAAUUUUACACAUUCUAGUUUUACUUUUGUCAUAUCUUGUUUUGUUACUUUAUGUAAAAUAUUUGUAAAUAUAAAUAAAG